ACCCGGCCGUGCUGUUUAGCGAGCCACCACUGGCAUAAAUGUUCGUUGAUAAUAUUCAAAUUUGGCGCAUAGCUGCGUCGGCUACGGCGACUCUCUAAUAAACAAAAACACUCGUGAUGAGUUGUCUGCUGAUUGACACAUACGCACACCCAAACAGCACAGGUAAAUCGAUCUCUUUAGCCAGACGUGUUGUUAUGGUUUAUGAAGUGCGUGUUAUUUCCAGUGAAUUUAUCUCCCUUGUGUAUCUGUUAGUAGACAAAGAUGACUCAAGACGAAAAAGAUAAGUCUGACAAUGUCAAGGUACUGAAGACAAGCGGCGACAAGCGCUCGAAAUCGCGCAGGGGCCGUGUCCUGAAGGUGGUGAUUCGCCGGUUGCCGCCGUCGAUGUGUGAAGAUGAUUUUGUGGAGCAAGUAUCCCCUCUUCCAGAGCACGAUUCAUUUUACUUCGUGCCCGCAGAUAAUAGCAUGCAUAGUAGCAUGAGUGGCCACAGUUUUAGCCGCGCGUACAUUGCCUUUCGUGAUCAUCAGGAGGUUGUGAAUUUUCGAGACAAAUGGGACGGCUAUGUUUUCCUUGAUGAACGCGGACAAGACUACCCUGCGAUUGUAGAAUUUGCUCCGUUUCAAAAGAUGCCUCGCAAAAAACCCAAGAAGGCCGAUAUCAAAAAUGGAACGAUUGAACAGGAUGCGGAAUUUCAAAAGUUUAUAGAGACGAUGGAUGUAGAGGAAGAAGUUGAUCUACCGUCGCUAGAGGCGACGGUCGAAGAACUCGAGCGACGCGAUCGUGAGUUACGCGCCAACAAUGGAGUUCCCAACGUGGUCACACCACUUAUAGAAUUCGUACUAGCCAAAAAGAUGGAGAAGGUCCGAAUGCGCGAAGAGCGCCGUGAAGAAAAGAAGAGAAAAGAUGCCGAACGGAAGCGUGGUGAUAAACGACGCCAGAAAAGGGAACAUGCAGUUAGGAUGGCGCGAGAGAGCACAAUACGUGAGGAAUCGGAUGAGGAUGCGAUGUCAGUUGAAGAUGAUUUCCACAGAAUGGAUAUCCGGCAGCGUAUUGAAGAUCCCCACUCAAACGGAAGAGGAGCUGAUCGUGACAGGGGUAUUCAUAGAGAUAAAGCGACAGGUGGAGGGGGUGGUGACCGGGGAGCGGAAAGGUCUGGAGAAGGAAUCAGAGAGAAAACUGGAAGGAGAGAAAGAAAUCGUCGUGGCAAUAAAGAAAAUAAGAAAGGUCAAAACACCAAGACUAACCAGAACAAUGCGGGUUACCACCAGUCCGACACUAACAAGAACAGGGGAGUCAAUGAUGAUGAUGAAGUUAGCGGUCCUUCGCCAGUUGGUGGGCGCCAAAGUGGGCCCCGUGACAAAUCUGAGCUUUACAGAGAUCAUGGUGAAGGCGUCGACCGACACGCCAAAUACUACAAUGAUCCUCGCGAACCGAAAUCAUGUAAUCAAAGAAGAAAUGCUAGGGCUCACGACGGCGAAGGAGAUCACUAUGCAGACGAGCCAAAGCCUCCAAGACGAGAGAAAAAGGGUCGAGACAGGGAUAGGACUAGAGAUCGGGGGAAAGGAGGUAACGGAAAUGACACCAACAAUCGCGGCGAAAACAGGAGAAAUCGAGGGAAUGAUAAAGACGAUCGAAGGGAUCUGUCACAAAGGGAUGAAGAACGAUGGCCAAGUGAUGACAAAGUCGAGGGAAUCGAAAGUCGAAAACAUGUCGAUAAAGACGAUAGGCCAGGCGACCACAAAGAAGAUAGAAGGACACGGGGAGAAGAUCGAGAUCGGAUAGAUAGAGACAAUCAUCGUGAUUCGGCGGGAACAUCAGCCGUUGACAAGGAGGAUCGAGCGAUCAGUGGAGCGACACGUGGAGGCGACCAGCGAGAUCGUGAAGAACGUUCGGAUCGACGAGAACGAGCUGAUCGAAAUGAACGUUCUGAUAGACGAAACGAGAAAGGCGACAAUCAUAAAAAGGGUAAUCAGAGAGAACGACGAGAAAAUAAUCGGAAGAAAGAUAACAACGAUAAAGAUGGGGAAUAUCGUGACGGAGGAGCUGGAGGUGGUGCAAAGGCUAGGCCACCGAAAAUAAGCGGCGGACGAAGCGGGGGUGAUCGAAGGGAAGACAGAGCAUCGACUGCGGCUACUAAAAAGGAUCAGCCAAAAGUCUCGAAACGUUACUCGGAUACUCGGCCAGUGCCUUUAGGAAAAUCGAAGUUGUUGAGUGGAGAUGGAGAUGAUGUAACGGGAGAAGAGAAUUCCACAAGAAGACCGGGUGAUUUCGACGAGAGUCCCGGGGAAACACGUGCGUCGUGCCAUAGUCGUGAACAACAUGAGCUGAGGCCGAUUCCGCGGCCAUCGCAAAAAGACGAUGCUGCGGUUGGUGUUAAGAAGAUACGGAAUAAGUUUCGUCCGUCACUGGAAAUUUAUAAACCUGGAAGUGGAAGAAAAAAAAGUGAACCUGACCGAGAAGGAAAAUCAUCAUCUCCUGACCCUGCACAAUAGCAGUUCAGUCUAUCUGGGGAAUGGCUGAAGAAUAACUUGAACGCAAGUAAAAAAAAAGAAGCAAGUUACGGAAAAAUAAUAAUAAAUUAUGUACAUUGUUA